UUCCAGAGGCACCACGUAAUUGUGUUUGUAAAUCUCCAACAGACAGUGCUAUAACACUUGAUUGGGAUGAACCUUCUCUACCUAAUGGUGAUUUAGUGAGAUAUCAUAUUAUAGUAUUGAAAACAAGUAACGAUUUUCAGCUCAGUGAUAAAACUAUAGGAACUGAAACACAAAAAGUGGUUGGAAAUCUACAACCAGGAACAUACUACAUUUUUCGGUUAUAUACAGAAAAUGAAGAAUAUAAUUCAACAAAUUAUGACCAGGUAUCAUCAGCUUGCAAAACUAGAGCUAAGAUGUCUGAAUCACCAACAAAGCUUGAAGUUACAGGAGUAACGAGUCGUGGUUUUAGUAUAUCUUGGGAGAAACCUGGAAAUACAUUCAGUGAGGAAAACUAUGGUUAUGUUCUACAGAUUAAAGAUGACACCGGCUCAUGCUGGAAAGAAGUUAUUUAUAGAUGCUCAGAUUGUGCUGGUAAUUUUCAAGUAAGUCUUUGAUUAAAGUCAUUUUUAUAUGAUUUGUUUAACAUUGUCGUAAUUAUUAUUGUAAUACAGAACACAACUAUGAAACUUAAUAGAGUUCAGAAUGAUUUUAGC